GACCGUCAGACGCUUUCCAGGAUCUCUCACCGAGCCAACCUCGCCUCUCCUCGCCUCAACCCUCGCCAACUAUGCGCGCUUCCGCUCAGACUGCCGGCGCUCUCGCGCUGCUGGCGCUGCUGGUUCUGAUGCUGAGUUCUUCGAUUCUAGCAUAUGAUUCCCCAACCUCCUGCUGCUUCAGCUACACAAAAAAGAAGAUUCCACGUAAUCUUGUGACUGAUUUCUAUGAAACAAACGGCAGAUGCUCUCAGCCAGCUGUUGUGUUCAUCACACGGAGAAAACUACUGUUGUGUUCCAAUCCUGCUGAGAAGUGGGUCCAAGAUUAUAUGAAUUACUUGAAAGUGAACAGAACAGUGUCUACAACUCAGGCGUAUUAGCAGAGAUGAAAACCCAAGGAUACAACACGAUUGCAUAUAUACUUGCUUAAUCAAGCAAUUCUCCCUGUGUAACUGCACUUUAAUCUCAGGAAUUUAUUUUAAAAUAUUUAAAGUAUUUUAUUUGGGGAAUGAAUGUUCAUUCCUGGUAAUUAUUUUAUUUAUGAAACAAGUACAAGAUAAAUAACUUUUUAUAAGUUUGUGUAUUUGCGUGUUAUAAUA